AUGGUUUCCUACACAAUUGUCGUCGGCGCGUCCCGUGGUAUUGGCAUCGAGUGGGUCCGCCAGCUGAGCGAAGACAAGAACAACGAGGUCUUCGCCAUCGUUCGUACCCCCACCAAUACCACGAGGCUCAACGAACUGGCGGCUUCACGCUCCAACAUCUAUGUCGUCAAGGGCGACUUCGUCGAUGCCGAAUCGCUUGCGGCCGCUGCCGUGGAGGUUGGCAAGAUCACCGGGGGCAAGCUCGAAGUGCUCAUCAACAACGGUGCGAGCACCAUCGGCUCGUUCCGCGAAAUCACCAGCUUCCCCAGCUCGAAGACGACGUCAUCGAAAGCGUGUGUGCCCAUCCAUCUCCACACUCGAGGUGGCCCACUGACCCUUUUCCGACGCGACCAGAUCCGCAUCAACGCGCUCGGCCCCGCGCACGCCGCGAACGCCUUCCUCCCGCUCCUCCGCGCCGGCGAGCGCAAGAUGAUCGUGAACCUCUCGACCGGCGCCGGCGACCUCGACAUGGUCCUCGCCUCGAACUACUCGUUCUCGGCCGCGCUCAACAUGUUCAACGUCCUCUUCGCGGGCGCGCUCCGGGAAGAGGGCUUCACCGUGCUUGCGAUCUCCCCCGGGUUCGUCGACACGGGGGAUAAGGCACCGCCAACCCCGGAGCAACUGCCAUUCAUCGCGAAGAUGGUCGAGGAGUUCAAGCGGGUGUCUCCGCAGUGGGACGGGAAGCCGAUCUCGCCCGAGACGUCCGUCAAGAUGAUGCGCGAGGUGCUCGCGAAGACGGGCCCGCCGGACACGGGCGCAUUCGUCUCGCACUUCGGCGACAAGCGGUGGCUGUAG